UAAACACAAUAAUACGAGCUGCCUGGUGUCACGUGACCGCGCGCGCACACGCACACACACACACACACACACACGGAAGCGACUGUCAUGAUACACAUUGCAGACUGCAUGCAGGAACACAGGGUUUGGUGAAGCCAUGUGGAAGAUAAGAUGGUGUGUGCUGCUCCUGACCACCACGUGUUGGCUAAGAGGCGAUGCCAAAGACAGCAAGGAUCCUCCACACCCUGGACAUGUGUCUGUGGUUAUUGUAGGUGGCACCGGUGACCUGGCCAAAAAAUACCUUUGGCAAGGAUUUUUCCAUCUUUAUGCCAGCCAAGUAGACAAAGGGCACACUUUCUCCUUCUACGGAGGUGGCCUUUCUUCAGCUGAGAAAGGCACUCCACUGCUGUUUGAGAUAUUAAAGGAGCUGAAAUGUCCAUCAGGACUUACAGCUGAGCGUUGUGCUCUGGUUAAAGAGCAGUUCUUACGACUGUCCCAGUAUCUGCAGCUUAAAAGCCUGGAGGAUUAUAAGAAGCUCAGUGAACAGAUCCAGUUGCAGCUCAAGCAGGAGGGCAUGAUGGAAGCAGGAAGGCUCUUUUACAUGUCUGUUCCAGCCUUCGCUUAUGCUGAAAUCGCAGAAAAGAUCAAUAGCACCUGUCGGCCCCCAGAUGGAGCAUGGCUCAGGGUUGUUCUGGAAAAGCCAUUUGGACACAGCUUCAGCAGCGCCCAAAUUUUAGCCACGCAGCUGUACAGUUUUAUGAAAGAGGAGGAGAUGUACAGGAUUGAUCACUAUUUAGGGAAGCAGGUCAUCUCCCAUAUAUUGCCCUUUAGGAAAAAAAACCAUAAACUUCUAAAGCCAAUUUGGAACAAGCAGCACAUUGAGAGGAUAGAGAUCGUGUUGAAGGAAACUUUGGAUUGCAAAGGCCGGAUUCAGUUUUAUGACCAAUACGGGGUCAUCAGAGACAUGCUCCAGAACCACCUUACGGAAAUUAUGACCCUUUUAAUGAUGAAAAUACCUGCUAACCUGUCCAACAGUGAAGAGGUUUUACAGAAUAAGCUUAAAGUCUUCAAUGGCCUUGAAUACAUUGAUAGGGGCAGUGUGGUUGUAGGUCAGUAUCAGGGCUAUAAUGCAGAAGUCCAGAUGGAACUCAACAAAACAAAGGAUCAUUUCAGCCUUACCCCAACUUUUGCUGGUGUGGUAAUCUUUGGAAACAGUCCUCAGUUCAGUGGAAUUCCCAUAUUUAUGUCAUCGGGUAAGAUGCUUGACGAACGCGUUGGAUAUGCUCGAGUUAUUUUCAAAAAUGACAAAUUUUGCAUUCAGGAAUACAGCAGUGUCCACUGCAAGCCCAAACAGAUUGUAUUCUAUCUCGGCCAUGGGAAUCUCCAAUAUUCGGCAAUUCUUGUUAGCAAAAAUUUGUUUAAGCCAGAUCUGGUAAACAGUGAUUGGAAAGAGUUUAUCGAGCAUAAAGACAUUUCUGUACUUGGGUUACCACUCUCUGACUAUCACAUCCAGUCCCCUAAGGUGCCCACAGAGGCCUAUUAUGAACUUAUUCCUAAUGUCUUCUAUGGACGUAAGGAUAGUUUUGUCAGUGCAGAGAACCUCAUGGCCUCAUGGGCUUUUUGGACACCGCUCUUGAACAGCCUGGUUAAUGUCGUUCCACGGCUAUACCCGGGCGGUGCCGCUAAUGGUGACCUCUUGAACUUUCAGCUGCAAAGUAGGAUGGUUGGAUUCAUUAGUGACGAGGAGGUGAACGUGAUUCAGCAAGGUCCCGAAGAGAACUUCCAGGUUAUGCAAGGGAAGUUCCGCAAUGCUGACAUGGUUUCUGCCUGGUCCAAAGAAUUAGUGGACCGCUUAGCCUCUGACCUGCACGACAUGGCCGAAGAGAUAGUUCAGGCGGAAGGUCAGUUCCAUCUGGCCCUGUCAGGUGGUUCAAGUCCCAUUGCCCUGUUUCUUCAGCUUGCACAGCACCACUACACCUUCCCAUGGCACAGCACUCAUGUAUGGUUAGCAGACGAACGGUGUGUGCCACCCACUGAGGCAGAUUCCAACUUCCAUUCCAUUCAUGACCAGCUCCUGCAGAAUGUCCAUAUUCCUUACUUCAACAUCCACCCCAUGCCAGUGCAGCUCAACCAGCGCUUGUGUGUUGAGGAAGAUGGCGGUGCACUCCUCUAUGAGAAGCAAAUAAGCCAAUUAGUCAAUGGCUCUCGUUUCCAUUAUAUACUGCUUGGUGUAGGUGAGGAUGGUCACACUGCUUCACUGUUCCAAGACACCAAUCUGCAGUAUAAUGGGGACAGAUUGGUGGCUCUGACUGAAAGUCCAAUCAAGCCUCACCAGAGGAUGAGUCUUACAUUCACUGCCAUCAACAAAGCACACAGGGUAGGAAUACUGAUCAUGGGGAAAAGAAAACAUGAGCUUGUAGUUCAGCUCAGUAGAAUUAAGGGUAAAACUCCAAAGUAUCCAAUCACAAGUGUAAAACUAAAAGAUGGCCAUUUAACAUGGUAUAUAGACUAUGAUGCACUUUUAGGAUAAGAGUCAGUAACCUCAGGAAUACCAAAGUGUAGUACAUACUGUUAAUUAAAAUACUCUGUUUACCAAAAUAUCAGGGACCCAGUGGGUGUUUUGGGGGAUUCGAUUAAUACUUUGUUCAUUAUUAAACACAUUUUGCCCUUAAAAAUGCAUAUAGAAACUUAGUGUUGAGAUAUCAACAUAGAAAUGGAACUGCCUUGCCAUACUUAGGAUGUGAUUAAAAUACAGUGAUAAUAACAGUCCAUAAAUCCCAUGCUAGAGUUUUUAUUGGAGGGAAAAACAGAUGCCAGAUCUGUGUAGAUCAUCUGGAGUAGUUCCAAUUAACUGAAAUGUUGUGGAGACAAGACUAAGAGACCAUCUUUUAUUACUGUACACUUGUCUGAUUUUUCACCCUUUGCAUAACAGACUGCAUAACAGUUUAUUUUAUUUCACUGUGUUACUUGUUUUCUGUUCUUUGUGCCUUUCAGUUGGCUUGAAACUGUGAAUAUUAAUAUGAGAAGACAAUAAAUUUUAUAGUUAAAAUAGUUUAUUGUGCUAAUUUUACCAAAAAGGGAUUUUUUUUUUACUUUUUAUCAAAAUGUUUCAAUCUAAAAACAUGUACCUGCUGUGAUCAGUUUAAUAGGUGCUUUUAAACUGGCUUCUGAAAUGAGUAUUUGGAUAUGCUGGGCCCAUGUAGCCUUAGUUAGGGAUGUUUUUAAUGUAUACACAUUGAUAAACAGUCACAUAAUAUGUUAGGACUCAUCAUGUAGAAUGGAAAAAAUGUAUGAUCUGUCUGAAUGUGUAUCUGGGAAGCUUUCUCAAAUCCACUGGCUUAUGAAGCACUGGCUUGGGUAUUUUCGAAGGUUGCUAAUUGUAUAUAUCAGUGUUUGUAGUCUUUCAGGUGUAGUCACAGCAGAAAGUGUCUUUUAACUUUGCCAUAUUGGCUUUUUAAGGCUUUCCAGGAAUAUAUAAAAUGAUAUAUUUGUCACAGUGUGCAACUACAUAAUAUACCUCAGGAAAAAAAAUAAGUGCCUUAUUAUACUUAUACUUUCUAAUUCUUUAAAAAAAAAAAAACAGAACAACUAUGAAAUCACUUAUUUUCUGGAAAAAAAACAUUUAUGUGGAUAACACAGUAAGGGGGGGUGACAUUGGGGUGGAAUUUUCAUUGACAUCUACAUAACUGAUAAAGUGCACAUUGAUUUUAUACUGGUUUCCAUUUUAAUGCCAUUUGAAAAUAUCCGGCCUGGUUUAAAAAAAAAAGUUGGUUGAUUUAACAAAUGAAACUGUAUUGUACCUAGUACUGUAAACUCUUGAAUCACAUUGUAUAAUUGUACUAAUAAACAUGCAUUUUCAAGUAAUAAUCCAUUCGGUAAGUUUCAAACAAUUCACAUUAUAUGAAUGAUUUUUUAAAAAGUGAAAUAAAGUCUUAUUAUAUACAA